AUGUCAAUGUUAGAUGAUAGUAAUACAGUUUCAUGUAUUACAAAAGGUGGAGAUGUAUUUGAAUUCGAUACGUCAUUUGAAUCUUGUAGUAAAUAUGGUUUUUUCAAUGGUGAUUUAGUUGAAACUUCUGCUGGUCAAGGUUUAGUUGUUGGUGUAAGAGAUAAUCAAUUGUGGUUUGAAAUAUUCGGUCACGACGGUGCGUCCUAUUGGGAUAAUGGAGAUGAUUAUCAUGACCUGGUGAAUAAAGUUAAAGUGAAAUUGUUAUCUUUCAAUAAUAUAGAAGGAGAAGAAGAAAAAGAGAAGAAUAAGAGGAACAAAAAGAAGAAGAAUUCCAAUAGCAAGAUAGUUAAAGACAACAGCUAUUAUUAUUCACAGUUUAGUGAUGGUAGCAACCAUCGUUGUAAUAAUACAACAUGUAGAGAACAACACCAUACCGAUGUCAUUCGAAGAGUUCUAUGUCAGAAGUACUUGUUUCGAUAUAUCAUAAAGUCAUUCGACAUCUUUGCCUAUCGAUCUGGCGAUACGACUACCACCAAUAUUGUAGAUGCCAAUUGGAUGAUUACCAAUGGUCAUUUCGGUCUGUUGGCAGAUAAGAUAAGAGAUGGCGCCAAUCUUUCCUAUGAUUAUUGGUUUGAAGCCAGAUUAUGUAAAUCGUUGGAUAAUAUGCCACUAAAUAUCUUUGUGCACUUGUUUCCUCGGUAUAAAGAGCAGAUACUACGAGAGAAGGAGGUCUUUGCGGGAAUUAUUGAAGUUGUUUUUCAAUUUGGUCGCAAGGAUAUUGCUGACUUUAUACAAUCGGAAUUUGGAUCUUUGUUUAUCGUUUUUCCAGAGGUGGCCAAACGUGCAUUCAUCCUUUGCUGUCACAUACAAUCACGUUGA